CUAACUUCACCUUCAUGAACCCAGCAGAAAGGUCUGGGGAGUAACUGUCGGGAAGGUUAGGAGCCCAGAGAUCCGGUUCACCCGCCAAAGGAUAGCAAAAACUCAAGUUGUGCGAUGCAGCUUUAAAGGGGCUGGUGAUUGACAGAAUGUGUAACAGUGGAUGGGGUGGAGCCGCUGGGUGGGGUCUGGGACAGGCAGCUGGGAGAAACCAAAAGGAAGAAAAAAGAAAACCAUUGCCCCCGAAAUCGCUAAAGCUAGGCGGAAGAAGUUAGCCAGAAAUUGGGAGGGAGGGGGGAAGGGUUUCAGGGCUUACCUCCACUCCCACCCCUUGGGUAACUCUCCCACAACCUUCUCUCUUGAGAUAAAUAUAAUCGAGUGUACACCGGCCCUAGUCGGUGCUCGUCCCCUCUAACUCCACUGAGCUAGGUUUGCAGUCCGAGGGAGUGAGGACCCCGAGUUCACCAGCCCAAUCCGGCCCCGCCCCGUCGGCCAGGGGGCUGCGAGGAGAGGAUGCCUACGGAGGCGCAGAGUCCAAAAAUCCUUGAAGUCCAGUGACAAAUUGAUGAGACCUUUCCUCACUUUGAUAUAUGGAUCAACUUAUAAACAAUUUGGAAGUCCAGCUUAAUUCAGAAGGUGGUUCAAUGCAGGUUUUCAAACAGGUCACUAACCCUGUUCAGAUCAGAGAUCCCUCUCAGACACCUGACAGAGUUAAUAUGACAUCUUCACAACUCCUAGAUGCCAACCCCAUGGAGAAUCCAGUCCUGUUUAAUGACAUCAAGAUUGAGCCCCCAGAAGAACUUUUGGCUAAUGAUUUCAACCUGCCCCAGGUGGAACCAGUUGACCUCUCCUUUCAUAAGCCCAAGGCUCCUCUUCAGCCUGCCAGCAUGUUGCAAGCUCCAAUACGUCCUCCCAAGCCACAGUCUGCUCCCCAGCCCCUUGUGGUGUCCACAUCAACAUCUGACACAAGCACUUCGGCCAGCAUCCCUACUGUUUUGACUCAAGGCUCUAUCCUGGCCUCCUCUCAGGCCACUGGUGGCCAGCAGAUCUUGCAUGUGAUUCACACCAUCCCUUCAGUCACUCUGCCAAAUAAGAUGGGUGGCCUGAAGACUAUCCCAGUGGUGGUACAGUCUCUGCCCAUGGUAUAUACUACUUUGCCUGCGGAUGGGGGCCCUGCAGCCAUUACAGUACCACUCAUAGGAGGAGAUGGCAAAAAUGCUGGAUCAGUGAAAGUCGAUCCCACCUCCAUGUCUCCACUGGAGAUUCCGAGUGACAGUGAGGAGAGUGCAAUUGAAAGUGGAUCCUCAGCCUUACAGAGUCUACAGGGACUGCAACAGGAACCAGCUGCAAUGACCCAAAUGCAGGGAGAGGAGUCACUUGAUUUGAAGAGAAGACGAAUUCAUCAGUGUGACUUUGCAGGAUGCAGCAAAGUGUACACUAAAAGCUCUCACCUAAAAGCUCACCGCAGAAUUCAUACAGGAGAAAAGCCUUAUAAAUGCACCUGGGAUGGCUGCUCCUGGAAAUUUGCUCGUUCAGAUGAGCUCACCCGCCAUUUCCGCAAGCACACAGGCAUCAAGCCUUUCCGGUGCACAGACUGCAACCGCAGUUUUUCUCGCUCUGAUCACCUGUCCCUGCACCGCCGGCGCCACGACACAAUGUGAGAGUCACAGGCUGCACUAGAGGAGCUGCACUGAUCUCCUUCUUGUAUUUGUGCUGAGAUCAAGACCAUUUUUUCCCUCUGACUUCAACCUGCCUCUUGGAUGGGGUUUGAGCAGCUCCUUGAGACAGGUUGAGAAGACUGGAGGAAAAGAUAGCUAUUCUCUCAUGGGCCUCUUCAUACUCCACCUUUACCUCUCCAUUGUCCAGACCCCAGUUUUUUCAACCUCCACAUGGGUUGAAUUCCAGAGCGGCACCCAUGGUUGCCCCCUUCCCUUUGCUCUGAAAUAAGACAUUUUCCUACAAUAACUAAACAGGAAUCAAACUUAAGGCUGUGAACAAACAUACGCUGCUUUCCCCUCCUAUUUUUUCUCCUUGUUUUCUAGAACUCUUAUCCAUACAUAUAUUUUUUUAGUCAAUACUUAAAGGUAAUUGGUAGUGUCCUAAAAUAACUUUUUCCCCAAAAUUCCUAGAUAGAAGGGGCAUAACAAUGUAGUUGAUUGCUAAGAUUUAUAAGGAUUUGGGGCCUGAGUAUGGGACACAUUCUCAGUGUAUAAGCUGAGUCCCAUAUCAAACUCAAAUGUUUUGUAAAUCCAAUCUUGUUUCUUCUGGCAGUUUGAUUUUCAGACAGUGCUGGUGCUUCUGCUUCAUUCAAAGGGAAUGAAAAGAUUAUCCUGUUCUUCUUUUCUCUUCUCUUCCUCUUCUUUCUCCUUCAGGAUUAAGGAUUCUGCUGCACAAUUGCAUUCUUUGUUAAGUUAAAUUGGGCAAAUAUUCAAAGCACACAUAGACAUGUCAGUGGGGAGCAAAGUGUUCCAGAAGAGUAUAUCAGGCAGUGACAAGAACAAACAGACUUGGGACAAUCCUAGAACAAAUAGAGUGAACUUUCAUUUGGAUAAGAUAUCAAAAGUGCUGUUAAUUAUAAACCUCAUUCAAAUGGUAUCCUAUUGAAGCAGUGUCUUAAGGGGUUGCACUGUACUGUUUAUUCUUUUGUUUACAUAAAGCAACUGUUGAGUGUAUUGCAUGAUGAGAAAUUUUACAUUGGGGCCAUAUUAUACAGAGGGGAGAGAUUGGAAGACAGAAUUUUUUUUUCACUCUAUGGCAUUACUGAUAAUCAUUCCUAUGUUUUAAAUGGAGUAUGGAUUUUUGUGAAAACUGACAUCCAAAAAAAAUUUGAUGUUUUGCAAUUGCUAUGAAGACCUAAGCCAUUUCUUUUGUGCAUUAUAACAGGUAUAUACACAUAUUUUAUCACCCAGUCAGACUGUUUAAGAAUAUGCUCUGGGGCAUAAAACCCUCUUUUUCUGGCCUUGGACUUCAAAUCUACCUCCACACUGCAUAUUUCCUCUUCUGGGUUGGAGGAGGGAGCUUUGCAUCACUUGGAUUUGGAUUCAUCCUCUCUCCUAACAGUUAUCUUCAUAUUGAACCCUUUUUCCUUGGUAGAUACUCAGCCAGUCCCUGCUUGAAAACUAGGUCACUACCUCCUGAGGCUCUCUACACUGACUAAUUCAUAGAAUUCUAGCACCAAGAAGGGAUCCUGUUAGCUAAUAGUCUACCCAUUCCUCGUAUGUUACAAGUGAAACAAAUACGGGUCAGAUUCUCCCUUCAGAUAUUUCCUUAAGGCCUUAUAGAUCUGCAUACUCAUUCUUCCAGAGAUCACAUUA